UGUUUAAUUAAGUGGUUUGCUUGCGGCUUUUUUCGAGCGAUAAGUGCGAAUUCCUCUCCACCUAUGACGGAUAAGGCAUACAAUUCGUGUGAUAAAAAGCCAAGCCCGUUGAGUUAGCUGGAUCAGUUUCAGUUGUAAUUUUCUACAAUAUGGUUCAUGUGAAGAAGGAUAUUUUUGCCACAUCGGCAUUGAAUCCGUUUACGAAGAGAACGGAAAAUAUCACAAGAUUUACACUCUCCAAUUACUAUGGAAUGUCCGUGCAGAUCAUCACACUGGGAGCCACAAUAACAAGCAUUAAAUAUCCCGAUGUGAAUGGUCAAAUAGACGAUGUAUGUCUUGGAUUUGAUGAUCUGGCCGGUUAUCAGAGUACGAGAAAUCCAUAUUUUGGAGCCUCUAUCGGACGUGUCUGCAAUCGUGUGGCCAAUGGAAGAUUUAGACUGGAUGGCAAAGUGAUUGAAGUAUCAAAGAAUCGUGAUAAUAAAUUCCAACUUCAUGGCGGAUUUGUGGGCUUCGAUAAGGCCCAUUGGGAGGUGGAGAAAGUGCUUCCAGAUGGGGUCAUUCUCAAGCAUAUCAAUCCCGAUGGACACGAAGGUUAUCCAGGCCAAGUGACAGUGCUGGCCACGUUCAGGCUAGGCGAAGACAAUUGCCUGACUGUUAGUUUCCAGGCAGAGACGACCAAACCAACGCCCAUUAAUCUCACCAAUCAUGCUUAUUUCAACUUAGCUGGACAUAAAUCUGGUGCCAAAGGUCUCUAUGAGCAUACCGUUGAAAUAAAUGCCUUUGGCAUAACCGAAACCGACACCGAUUCCAUUCCAACCGGCGAGAUAACACCCCUCGAGGGUAGUCCGUAUAAUUUGCAAGUUGCUGCCAAUUUAGGUGAUCGCCUUGCCCUGAUCCAUCCUGCCCUGGGCUUCGAUGAUAAUUAUUGUGUUAAGUCUGAACCAUCGCAACCGUGGAAUUUCGUUGCUCGUGUCUCCCAUCCAGCCAAAGGUCGUUGGCUCGAAGUGGUCAGCAAUCAGCCGGGUGUGCAAUUUUAUACAUCCAAUUUUAUGCCCGAUGUGGAACGCGGUGAAGUGCCCAUUCCGGGCAAGGAUAAUGCUGCUUAUGCCAAACAUGGUGCCUUUUGUUUAGAAACUCAAAAGUAUCCCGAUUCCGUGAAUCAUUCCAAUUUUCCCACUACCAUUGUACGACCUGGUGAGCAAUAUAAUCAUGAGAUCAUUUACAAGUUCGGUGUGGUUUUUGCUCAAAAGUGAUCUUUGUGCAAAAAUGUCUCGUAUAACACUUUGACAAUAUUUUGUUAUUAUACUUACAUAUAUAAAAUUGCAUUUGAUGUUAUCAAAAUAAAGAUUUGUUUACUUCAUAUCGUA